ACGACGACGGAAAGUCAUCCACACACAAGAGAGAAGGAAAAAACGCAGCAAAGUGAAACUUUUUUUCCCCCCCGUUCGAUUUCGUGUCAUAUUUGUGUAUUCCUGGUGCAAUUUCAACCCGUUUGGAACGUCACUAAAGGUGUAGAUUACGGAUUAUUGUCGCGAAGUGUCGACCGGGGACGGGGAGCAGUGAUUUCCGAACACAAGUGCGUGUUGACCUGAUUGGGGUUUGGUGAAAGAAAGUGCCCUCCCCUCACACCCCUUUCGCCCGUCGUGUGCCUCCCCGGACCAGCAAAUCCCGUUUCAUUCCGGAAGAGUGUGUAGUGUGUCCAAAUGGUGGUUAGUGUUGCGCCCCCGGGGGUGGUCGCUCCGAGUGUAACCUAGUGGUUCUCGCACGAGGGGAAGAAGGAAAAGGGGAGGGGGUUGGUGGGGGCCCAAGACAGUCACGGAACCCCUUCGAGAGCAAGAUGUUUACCAAAAAGUCCAACAUCGAUCUGAAAAAGUCGACGGCCAAAAUCCAGGACAGCAAGAAGGAUUCGACGGCCCGGCUGCGGCACCUGAAGACGAUUCUUGAACAUGUGGACACCGAGGAGGCAAAGAAUCUGUUUGAAGCCAACUACAGCCAUGUGUACUACAUCCUGUACGACACGUUCGUCCAGGCCGAAACCAAUCUGCGCCAACGAGAACUAUCGUUCCAUAUCGUUCACAAAACCCACCGCGAGGAGCUGGACGGUUCGCUGUGGCUGCUCAACAAGAUCCUGUGCCUGCUGCCGGAGCUGGUCGCCCGCCGCUGGCAGGUGCACUCACUGGGCCGCAUCCUCGCCAAGCUGCUCCACUACGGCAACAGCGUCAAGUUACGGCGCGAGGGCGUUCGCUACUUCCUGCUGUGGUACCAAGCCCUCGGGGAUAAUGCUCCACCGUUCGUGCACGGGAUGUUCACCGAGCUGGUCCCGGGGCUGACGGUGCCCCAGAAGGGAAAGACGGGGCCGCUCGCGCUGGACUCGGAGUUUAUCGCUACGGACGUGCUGAAUCACCCGAACAUGAAGGGUGAGUUGGGCGGGUCGGUGUUUCACGACACCGGAGCCCAUCCGGUCAAGUCGCCGGAGAUUCAGCCGUUGAUUCCGCCUAGUUCGCACGAGAGGACGGCGGCGCCGGAUCCGCGCGAUGGGCUUGAGAUCCUGCUGGACUGUAUGGUUCAGUCGUGUGGAUGUUUGAAGUGGCGGGACAAUAAUCCCCAGAAGCACAUCCGGACGUUCAACUUUCUGCUGAGCAGGUUUCGGGAGCAGUACUUGCCGGUGUUUUGUCCCAGUUUUGACUACUCGACGUCGAUUUACGAGCCGAAGAUGGAUCUGCCAGCGAUGCGUAACAUUUCCAAACGGGAGGAAGUGAUGAGUUCGUGCAUUGUGGUAUUGGUCAUUUGGAUUGCCAAAUACACCCACGAGAGGCACAUUAGCACCAAGUUGGACAACGUGCAGAUCGACGAGGACGCGAUUGGGGAGAACUCAUCGCUGCUCAGUAAUUUGGGGUACACGCAGACGCAGCUGGUGCGUGAUGUGCUGUAUUCCAGCCGAGAUACGGUUAACUUUGUGCACGAAAUCUACCGGCAGGCGUUUCUGAUGUCGUUCACCUCCAAGAGUCAGAUCGAAGCGAUGCGGAUCGCCAUCUCGGUGUACCGCGACUGGAUGAGUACGAUUCCACCGCCACCGUUUCUGCUGGAACCGGACACCAGUGAGGCAUCGCUUUCGGGGAGUUCCAGCGAGUUGCAGCCGAAUAGCGGAGGUCGCCCGGUAAAUCAACGACUGCGAACCGAUUCUUACCUGGGAGCAAUCUCCAAGGAGAACGUCAUGAUCAGAGCCGGGCUGCAGAACGUCCUGCAGGUGUUUGUGACCAACGCAGUGAACGUGUUCAUGGUCAACACCGCCAACCUGAACUUACAUUUCCAGUCAAAGGCGCACAGCGAUGGCUACGUUACACCGCUGGACGAGCAGACCGACAUCUGCAAAAGGGUACUUAACAUCUACCGCACAAUGGUCAUGAAGACCCGCAUGGAGGCCAAAACGUGGGAACAGCUGCUGCUCGUGCUGCUGCAGGUAACCUCGGUCAUCCUGCAAAACUCCCCACCAAACGCCAAGAAGAACAAUCUCGGCGGUCGCCUCGCCCAACCCAUCUUCCAAACGCUGAUCGUGACUUGGAUCCGCGCCCACACAAACGUCGUCGUCAACCCGGGUCUGUGGGACAAGUUCCUCAAGGUCCUCUCCUCGCUUACGCACCGCGAAGAGCUGAUCGUCGAGUGGGACAAAACAAUGCAAACGUUGACGCGAGUCCUCGCGCGGCAAGUCUACAACAUCAACCUGUCGGAUCUCCCGCUCGAUCGGCUCGCAGAGCAGAAGGGAAAACGAAAGCGCGGCACGCCCUCCAACUGGACGCAAAACUCGAUCGCUAGCCAGGGUGACCGCCCGGACAGCAUCGGCAGCGGCGCGGCCGGACAGUGCAAUAACAGUAACAAGGUCUCGCUGGAAGAUGGCACCGGGGAGGUGCGCGUCUCCUCGACCAGUCACGUCCGAAGCAUUCCGGGAACUCCGUCCCUCAACCGAAGCUACAGCGAAGGAAGCUUGGCACCGUUCCGGAAGUCGCGCGCCCGGCGGAGAGUUCGCAACAAAACCAACGGACAGCACCACAUGACGGGGCUGCCGAUGACGGUGGAACACUCGCUGAACCGGAUGCUAACCAACAACUCGGGACUGAGCAUUAGCAGCGAGAAUCUGGAAGUUUCGCGGUUCUCGCACUGUGACGAAUCGAUUCUGCUGGGACCGCCGCCGACGGCGACACUUCGACGAGCACUAUCGCUGGACUCGAUCCGACCUUCGCCGGGCAAGACUCGUGGUGGUGGAGUUGCCGCGGGGACCGACAGCGAUAGUUAUCGGUGCGGCUCGCGAAGUCCUUCGCCGACGGCUUCGAGUGGGAUCGAGAGCGGGUCGAUCAAGGAUUCGCCUAUGCAGAUUGACGUGCUGACGGCGGACAGUUCGAGCAUUGACACGCAGGAUGAGAACAAUGUGUCGGCGGAUAGGAGGUCGAUACUGUCUGGGGGGUCGGCUCGUGGAUGGUUGCCGGACGUGGCCGCGGUGAUGUGGCGUCGGAUGCUGGGUGCGCUGGGGGAUGUCAAUAAGAUAUUGAACCCGAAGCUGCACGCGCAGGUGUUUCAGUAUUUGGUGAACAUGACGGAGAGCUUGAUCAAGAUCCGGAUGAACCAGGGCAUUUCCAUGGACGGUCAGCCGAUUCCAACGCCGAUGAAUCUGGUGCCGCCGAUCGCGCUGGUUGCGCCGUGGUGUUACGGUGCGCUUACUUUGGACGGACAGUACAGUCAGGGUAAGCUGUACGCCAUGCAGCUGCUUUGUACGAUCGUACGGAGUGGAGCCUGCCUGGGAAGCAAUCAACUUCCGCUGUUCUACCACGCGCUACAUCAGGCGUUGUCUGGGGAAGAUCGGGCAAUGGCUUACACUGCACUACGCUACCUUGGAGGACCACGAUUCCUGAGUUUGCUCCUUCCAGGACAUUCGCUUCUUCUGCUGGACCUCGUUCACGCCUCAACCAUCGUACUAACUUCUUCAGAAACCGGUCCCCAUGCUCCACGAGCCCAAGUAGCCGGUCUGCUAGGAUCCCUGCUAUGCUUCCCGAAGACCUCCCUCCCCGGACCGGUUCUCCAACCUUCCGAGCCCAACAUCGACCUGAUGGAAUGUCCCGACCUGCAGGAGCACGUACUCAACGUCGUUCUGCGCUGCGCUCGUCGCGAACCCACGGCUAAAGCGCGCUCCAUCGCCAUCGCCUCGCUCGGCCAAUGGAUCCUGCAAAAUCUCACCAAUCCGUCCAGCGCGCAGGUGUCCACGGGUAACGGCGAUGGCGGCAGCAGCGGCACCUUCAAGCAGCGUAUUCCUCAGUAUCAUUCCAGUUCGAACGCGCUGCCGCAUCGCGAAGAAUUCCCCGUCAAUCCACGCAUUCGGGAAGCAUUCCAGGUGAUUCUGCAGGCGCUUCAGUUCAAACAUCGAACCAUCGCGCGACUUGCGUCGGAGACACUUAAACUGUGCGCCGAAAAAGGUCGUCGAAUCGAACGGAUCGAUCGGCUCCCGCAGCUCAUCAUCGACACGAUCUGCCUGUCGCUGGAAAUCCAGAACGUCCCGCACCCGAAGGACUCGGACAAGACGGUCAUCACGUCGCUGCUGCUGACGCUCGGUGAGUUCUGCAUGUCCUUCUCGGUGGACACGCUGCAGCGGCCAAAGAGUUCCGACUCGGACGAGCCGCUCAUUCAGGUGGUGUUCAAGGUGUUGUACAAGAUCGCGAUGGGCAUUCACAACGGUGAGCGGAUCAAGCUGUUCACCACGGACGAGGACUUUGACAUGGCGAUAACGCUGGACGACGUGCGCGAGCAGAGCUCGGACGCGACCUAUCAGACGUCGGAGUCGAUCGCUGGCUGUCAGUCGGCGAUUCGGCUUUGUGCCAAGACUGUGGCGAUGCAUUUGAUAACGAACUUGGGACACUUUCCGAUGGGAAUCGGUGCGACGAGGUUGAGUUCGCUGGUUGAUGAGCAGGACGAUAUGACGGGGGCUGGUACAGGGGGUGUGGGUAGCGUUCCGAUUACGACGCUUCAGCGGGAGAACUCGGUCAUGAGCAAUAGAGAUUCGCUCGAGUUGGGACCUACGCAGGUGUUGGCUUCGCCGAACUUGCAGCUGCUGAUGCUGAGUCCGGAACUUGUGGCGAGCUUCAUUGAGUUGUCCGCGUUGAAGCUUCCUGGCGGUGGGGCUACCGCUGGGCUUGUAACCGCAAAUCGACAGGUUCGUCUGCUGCUUCGGGAUCUCAACGGGAAGGCUUGCUGGGACGCUUCGAUUCUGUACCGGGAACCAACUCCAAUUGUGGAAGACACCAGGUACCACUCGCCGUCCGUGGACAAACACAACUCGACAUUCCAAUUCCGCACGGGAGGCGGCUCGAACCGGAUGUUUGCCGGUGCCGUCGCUUCCAUCGAUCCCAUGAUGUCCACGGUGGGACUCCCGAUCGCACCUCUUCGACACACGCUCCGACACAGGCCGGUCCACCAACUGCCGGUGGCGAAAGAUCUCGCCCCGGACUUGGACCAGCUGGACGACCUGCUGCAGUACAUCGGGUACACCAGCCCGGAAUGUUUGGACGUAAACGGAUCCCCGCUGAACACUGCUGGACCGUCCCCGUUGGGGCCACAUCUGGAAGCUCAAACCAUCUCGAUCAUUCUGAACCAACGCGCACUGGAAACGGAAUACGUUGCACGACAGAACGCCGGCAUCGUUGGCCUCCUCGGAGAAUCCCCAGCUUACUGCUUCGGAGGUUCCGUCGGGUACACGUCCUUCAUCGACGACAACGCUCCCCCGGCCACGUUCGGUUCCAGCGGAACGCUCGCCGCCAGCAAACACAACACAUCCUCCGGAAGUCAUACCAGCGUCGUCUCGAACGGAGACAAACCAUUCCAAUUCGGACGAAUCCUGUUCAGCCAGCUGGGUCUGGCCGGCUGGGAACGACGCAAGCGGACUCACCUGCUACAGCGAACCGACAAGCUGCUCCGCGAGCUGCGCAACCUGGACAACCAAAAGUGUCGCGAAACGCACAAAAUGGCCGUUAUUUACGUGGCCAACGGGCAAGAAGACAAAAACAGCAUCCUGAGGAAUUCCUGCGGCAGCAGCACGUACGAGAUGUUCGUGUCGGCGCUCGGCUGGGAGGUCGAGCUGGAGUCGCACAACGGCUUUUUAGGCGGUCUCCCGCGGCAGGGUUGUGGCCAAACCGCGCCGUACUACGCCACUCCGUUCCUGGAGGUGAUCUACCACGUGUCGACGCGCAUGCCGUCCGACACUCCAGAAUCCAUCCUGAACAAGACGCGCCACCUCGGCAACGACGAGGUCCACAUCGUGUGGAGCGAACACAACCGCGACUACCGGCGGGACAUUCUGCCGACGGAGUUUUGCGACGUGUUGAUCGUGAUUUAUCCGCUCAAGAGCGGCCUGUUCCGGGUGACGGUCAACAAGAAGCCGGACGUGCCGUGGUUUGGCCCGCUGUCGGACGAGGUCGUUGUGGGCGGUUCCUGUUUGGCGAGCUUGGUGCGCGCCUCGGCCAUCAACGCGAGUCGUGCCAAGAGGACGGCCCUGUCGCUGUACCAGCAGUACUACGAGGAGCGCAACCGCUCGUUGGAGACGGUCUCGAUGCGGCACAAGGAGAGCAACACCUUUGAGGACUUUACGGCGCGCAUUUUCAGUCCCAUUCCGCCGCAGGGCACGGUCACGGCCGGAGGCGGCAACCCUGCAGGAUCUACGACCGGCAGUGCUCCGCUGGCGGCUGCACUGAUUGAUCAUCACAGCCGGACGUCCUCCAAGACCUGGAUCCACCACCCGGAGAUGGUAGCGACGGCCCGCGAAGUAACGCAAGCCACCGUAAUGGCGUCCGUUUCGUUGGAUCAACCCUCGCCGCGUCCCCUCCGCAAGCUGCAUCACCCGUUCAAACCACAGGCUUCGAAAGCGCUGAAACCGCUGGUCACCACAGCACCAACCCCGUCCUCAAACCCUCCCCUGGGUCAUCAUCACCAGCACUACCCAUCAACUGCGUCCGCCUCAACGACCAUUUCCGCCUCCGGAACGCCCCCGGACAGUCCGACACUGGCGCACGCCGGCGGCCGCAGCACCAAGUUCAAAUGAGACUGGUGGUAGCUUCUGGCCAGUUCCAGUAGCGAGGAAGAUCUGUACAGCGCGGUGGCGACCGGCGUGAAACACCCGUUGAUGGAAAAGGUUGGUAUCUCCACGUGCUUCUGCGGAAAGUAGUUCUUUUUUGUUGAUGUUACGCGUUGGCAGCGAAUUGAGCCCGGUCUUUUUCAAUUCUCUAUUAACAAAUUGUUAGCUUUAACGAAAAAAAUGAAAACUAUUUAUUGCACAGAUACACACACAGCAAGUAAUAAUCAAAACUUACAAUUGUGAAAAUGAACCCGCGUCCAUUAUGUUUUACAUUUACUUUUAUUAUUGUAUUAUUUGUCCAGUUUUGUUUGAUUUUAUGACUCAUUUUUAAGCUUUGUUGUAUUUAAUAUAAUAUAUUAACUUAUCAAACGCCAGAAUGUUGGCAGCUUUCCGUCAAAAUAUCUUCGUUAGUCCGUAAAAUAACUUAAACGCACUCCAACAUCAAUCAAUGAUCACACCACACACACUCAAGUAAAAAAAAACCCGUCUUGUACUUGACAAGUAUUAGGCAAACGCGUUUUGCAAACUCUUAAAAAAAAACUUCGAGUAAUAACAGCAAGCUAACAAACCAACAGAAAGUGAAACGGCACUUUGUUAAAUAAAUUUUCGCCUUUCUUUCAUCUCAAUCGUUAUUUAUUAAAAAUCAAAAACAAAAAAGUACAGUUAGACAGCUAAAAAUGCAAACGUAAGAUUAAAACUGUUUAUUACCUAACUUAUGAUGAUAACAAAACGAAACAAAAAACAGAGAAAGGAAGAAAAGUUUAACCGUAGACUAGGCUGAUUAAUUAUAUAACUUAUACAUACAAGAGAGAAGGAAAAGAGGAACGAUUCUAUUUAGUAACACGAUUGGUGGCAGAAGAAUAGAUAAGCAUGAAAAGAAAAUGUACACAUUUUUUGAUACGAAAUGGUUUUUUCGAAUGAAGUAGAAACAAAAACAAACAAAAAAUAGAGAGCUCGAAUGUGGUCAGUUGAACAGCAGCAGCAAGGAAUUCAGUUAUUAUUGUCUUGUUAAUUUUUUCACACCCUCUAAACUAUAUCAGAAAAAAGCAAAAACGUUGAACAUUCGCCACAAAGAAAAGCAAACAAACAAAAAACAGUUCUAAAAUUGAAAAGUCUCUAACAAACAAGUGAAAUAAAGACGCAUUUGAAUGUGCUGAAUAAAAUUGC